AUGCAUCUCAAAUUGGUAUUGGCUUCGCUUCUGGCCUCCGGCGCAACGCUGGGGUCCGCCGCGACCAGCAGGCCGAAGCUCUCAGCGAAUGCCCAAAGUCUAUUCGACUUCUCCAUGGAGGUCCAGGACGCCAGAUGGGAUGACUCGUACAAGCUUAUUUGGUACCAAGACAAUGGUCCGUGGUCCGUCCGCUUCACGGCCUGGUACACAGCGGGUCUGCUCCAUCGUAACGAGGGCGACGACGUGGAGAAUGCAAAGGCGGCGAUUGAGAGCAUUCUGGCGAGCCAAAUGACUUCGGACUACGAGUCGGCAUGGUAUGGCACUUUCAAGCUGUCGCCCGAUGAGCCAGAUCCGACACCGUACUCUGAGCUGUACCCUCCCGAGAUUUAUACCACCUACGACCCUAACUGGAGAGAGUUUGUUGGGACUCAACUGGUACAAGACGUCGAGCUCUACUCCGACCUCCUUGGCGCGGACCUAGUCAAGAAGAUUGAAGAUGCGCUUGAGAUCCAAGCCGUUGGCGCCAUGCGGCGAAACGGCAGCUUUCCAGAAGGCGACAACCUCAUCGUGGCCUACUCCAACCCGAGUCUGAUGCGCGCCCUGACAGUCGGCUGGAUCGGCGCCCGCCGCAACAACGCAACGUUUAUCAACUUUGCCAACUCCCAAGGGACCAAGCUGCUCGAGCUCUUCAAGGCUAACGGCUCAAACACCCUCGGCGAGUACAACGCGCCAAACUACUACGGCAUAGACGUCUGGGCCCUGGCCGCCAACAUCGAUUACGGCCCGCGCCACGCGACCAUGACGAAGAACGCAGAGUUCAUCCUGAAGAAGCUGUGGGACGACGUUGCGGAUCACUAUAACGCCUACCUCGGCAACGUCGUCGGCCCGUACGACCGCGCCUACACCCGCGACAUGACGGAGCACUCGGCCAUCCUGUCCCUGUACUGGUGGGCUGUUUUCGGGCGCGAAUACGGGCCUCAGCCGCCCAAGGGCGAGGCCGACCUGCUCUACGACGCGUCGCAGGGCGCGGCCAUUGCCUUGGUAGCCGACACGGUGGCCCGGCACAUCUCGGCCGGCACCGCCGCGGCGCUCAAGGCCAAGGGACCGUGGGCGGGGACGCGGAGCCUCACGCGCAAGGUGAGAAAGGCGCUAGACACGGACGUGACGCGGACGAUCACGUCGUGGGUCAGCGCGCCGCUCAUGAUCGGCGGGCAGAUUGUCGCGGAGACCAAGAACCGCGGAGACCAGUUCGUGCCGCUGAUUGCGCAAUGGGCGUCGGACCCCGCGCACAAGCCGUACCCGUACAUUGGAUUCUUCUCGCUGUACCCUUCUGCGUCGACAAUUUCGGCCGUGGCGGGGGCGGGGUCCCUCAGCGUGUCGUACCCGAACAGCACGCAGGAAGGGACAGACAUCUUCACCUUUGCGCUGUCGGGGAUCCCGCCGGCAUGGACGCUGGGCGGGAAGACGAUUACGGGGUUGGAGGAGCUGCCGUGCCUGCGCGUCAACGUUUCGGCGCCGGGGUUAGUCAAGUUGCCGGUGUCUUACGGGAAGCAGUUGAGGGACCAUUGGUAUUACAAUGUGUCGUAUGCGGUGCCUGCCGGAUUUGGGGGUAUUCCGCGGGUUGACAUGACGAUGGAGUAUACUUGUGAGAUUUGA